AUGAUAAAUGGCAAGCUGAAAAUGGCAGAUUUUGGGGAAGCAGUAUUUAAUCGAAUACCUGAAAAGUCUGAAGUUAAAAUGGUAUCUGGUUCACGGGCGUCAAGGAGCAGUGCUAGUGUGCCCGAAAGUGAUUUAGCUGUAUUGGAAAAAGAGAUUGAGUGCCUGGUAAGAGAAAAAAAUUUGAUCGAUAAAAUCGCAAACGAGAGAGGUUAUAUUGUGGAAAUUCAGAAAAAACUCAUAAGUGACCUUGAAGAUAAAUUCCGAAGUCAGCCAGUGGGCAACAGCAGCAAAAACAAAGAUUGUGUUUCGUACAGUGCUAUCGUGAAAAAAAUGGACCAUUCAUAUUUGUUGAUUAAGCCUGCAGAUCGUUCUACUUCGUACAAAACUGUUGAAAAUGAUUUUAAAUCUCGUUAUUCGCCUGGUGCUCUUAAUGUCAAUAUCAACAAGACUAAACUCACCAAAAAUGGUCUGAUGAUCAGCUGUAAUAGUAAAAAAGAUGUGGAGACUCUAAAAGAUUCUCUAAAAUCUGAUUUAGGAAAUAAGUUCGAUGUUUGUGAGCCUACCAAAAUGUUUCCUAGAAUGUUGAUACAGGGUGUACCUAACGACUGUUUCAAAAAUCCUGGUCCAGAUAAACUUGAAUUUGUUGAUAGUUUUGUUGACGAUUUAAUAUUCAAUAACAAUUUAGGUGUUAAUUCAGAUGAUAUAAAAAUAAUUAGUUGCUAUAAGGUUAAAAAUACAAAAAAUGUUAUCGAGGUGGUUCCUUCUGUGUUUAAUUUACUUAGUAGCAAAGGGUUUGUUUUUAUUGGCUGGGUGAGAUGUACUGUCAGGGAAAAUUUAUAUUUGCUACGUUGUUACAAAUGUUGUGAAUUUGGUCGUGGUAAGAAAGAUUGCCGAAGCAAGGAUGUUGUCUGUCCUAAGUGCUCAGGUUUUCAUGAAUUUAGAGAUUGUAAAGCUGAUGAUUCUUGUUGUCCUAACUGA